AUGCAGAGCACGCCAUUGACGCCCACUACGCCAAGGCUUUGGGGUGUGGCGGCUCUGGUACCACGUGCGGAGCUUGAGGGCGAAAUGGGAGACCAGCAGAUUGCUCUCCAGGCGCGGCUUAUGAGCCAGGCGCUGCAUUCGUCAAAAGUGGGCAUCAUCUUUGGAUCACCCGAGGUGACGUCGGGUGGCACGGCGCUGCGCUACUACGCGUCAGUGCGGCUGGAUAUCCGUCGAAAGACUGCGAUCAAGGAAGGUGACCAGGUUGUUGGCAACGAGACUGCGGUGAAAGUAGCCAAGAACAAGCUGGCUUCUCCCUUCAAGGUGGCGACUUUCGACAUGAUGUUCGGUCGUGGUAUUGAUCGACACUUGACUUGGGUGUGCAGCACGGUCUGCUGA